GGAGCCACCGGAGCGGCGCGGGUUCUCAGAGAGGCAAGAUGACUUCUCUCCCCCAAGCUUGGAACAGCUGAAGGAAACAAUAGUACAAGAUGAGAACAACAAAGGUCUACAAACUGGUCAUCCACAAGAAGGGCUUUGGGGGCAGUGAUGAUGAGCUGGUCGUGAACCCCAAAGUGUUUCCUCACAUCAAGCUUGGAGACAUUGUUGAGAUCGCUCACCCCAACGAUGAAUACAGCCCUCUGCUUUUGCAGGUCAAGUCACUUAAGGAAGAUUUACAGAAAGAAACUAUCAGUGUGGACCAGACCGUGACCCAAGUGUUUCGUCUAAGACCUUAUCAAGAUGUCUAUGUGAAUGUAGUAGACCCUAAGGAUGUGACCCUUGAUCUAGUAGAAUUAACCUUUAAGGAUCAGUAUAUUGGCCGUGGGGAUAUGUGGCGACUAAAGAAAAGUUUGGUCAGCACAUGUGCCUAUAUCACUCAGAAGGUGGAAUUUGCUGGCAUCAGGGCACAGGCUGGUGAGCUGUGGGUCAAGAAUGAGAAGGUCAUGUGUGGUUAUAUCAGUGAAGAUACCAGGGUGGUGUUCCGUUCUACGUCGGCUAUGGUUUACAUAUUUAUUCAGAUGAGCUGUGAAAUGUGGGAUUUUGAUAUUUAUGGGGAUCUGUAUUUUGAGAAAGCUGUGAAUGGUUUCCUUGCCGAUCUCUUUACCAAGUGGAAGGAGAAGAACUGUAGUCAUGAAGUGACAGUGGUCCUAUUUUCUAGAACUUUCUAUGAUGCAAAAUCUCUUGAUGAAUUUCCUGAAGUAAACCGAGCCUCGAUUCGACAGGAUCACAAGGGGCGAUUCUAUGAAGACUUUUAUAAAGUGGUGGUACAGAAUGAGAGGAGAGAAGAGUGGACUUCCCUCCUUGUGACCAUUAAAAAGCUCUUCAUCCAGUAUCCAGUGCUGGUGCGACUGGAACAGGCAGAGGGCUUUCCUCAAGGAGACAAUUCUACCUCAGCCCAAGGAAACUACCUAGAGGCCAUCAAUCUGUCAUUCAAUGUGUUUGACAAACACUAUAUCAACCGCAACUUUGACCGAACUGGGCAGAUGUCCGUGGUGAUCACACCUGGGGUGGGUGUGUUUGAAGUGGACCGUCUACUCAUGAUCUUGACCAAGCAGCGGAUGAUAGAUAACGGAAUUGGUGUGGACUUGGUGUGCAUGGGGGAGCAACCUUUACAUGCUGUCCCGUUGUUCAAGCUGCAUAAUCGGAGCGCUCCUUGCGAUUCUCGUCUGGGCAAUGACUAUAAUAUUCCUCACUGGAUAAACCACAGUUUCUACACUUCCAAAAGCCAGCUCUUUUGUAACAGUUUCACCCCACGGAUAAAACUGGCAGGAAAGAAGCCUGCCACUGAGAAAGCGAAAAAUGGCCGUGAUACGUCUCUUGGGACUCCAAAAGAAUCUGAGAAUGCCCUUCCCAUCCAAGUAGAUUAUGAUGCCUACGAUGCUCAAGUGUUCAGGCUGCCAGGCCCAUCCCGGGCUCAGCGUCUCGCCACCUGCAGGUCUGUGCGAGAGCAGGAGAGUCACAAUCGGAAGAGUGCCAGCUCCUGUGACGUGUCAUCCAGCCCUUCCGUGCCCAGCCGUGUGCUGCCCACUGAGGAAGUGAGGAGCCAGGCUUCUGAUGACAGCUCUCUGGGCCGGAGCGCCAACAUCCUCAUGAUCCCACUCCCCCACCUGCACCAGUAUGAAGUCAGCAGCUCCUUGGGCUACACCAGCACUCGAGAUGUCCUGGAGAACAUGAUGGAGCCACCGCAGCGAGACUCCAGCGCGCCAGGGCGGUUCCACGUAGGCAGCGCAGAAUCCAUGCUACAUGUUCGACCAGGGGGAUACACACCCCAGCGGGCGCUGAUCAACCCCUUUGCCCCCUCACGAAUGCCCAUGAAGCUCACGUCCAACAGAAGGCGCUGGAUGCACACCUUUCCUGUGGGACCAUCCGGAGAGGCCAUCCAGAUCCAUCACCAGACCCGACAGAAUAUGGCGGAGCUGCAGGGCAGCGGGCAGAGGGACCCAACUCACUCCUCUGCAGAGCUGCUGGAGUUAGCAUAUCAUGAAGCUGCCGGAAGGCACAGCACGUCCCGCCAGCCUGGUGAUGGCAUGUCCUUCUUGAACUUCAGUGGAACAGAAGAGCUUUCUGUCAGCCUGCUUAGCAACAGUGGUGCAGGUAUGAAUCCUAGGACCCAGAAUAAGGACUCUCUAGAGGACAGUGUUUCUACCUCUCCAGACCCAAUGCCAGGCUUCUGUUGCACAGUUGGAGUGGACUGGAAGUCUCUCACUACUCCGGCGUGCCUCCCCCUCACCACUGACUACUUCCCUGACCGCCAGAGCCUGCAGAACGACUACACAGAGGGCUGUUAUGACCUCCUUCCGGAAGCAGACAUGGACAGGAGGGACGAGGAGGGUGUGCAGAUGACGGCCCAGCAGGUGUUUGAAGAGUUCAUCUGCCAGCGUCUCAUGCAGGGCUAUCAAAUCAUCGUGCAGCCCAAGGCACAGAAACCCAACCCUGUCGUCCCACCUCCGCUAAGCAGCAGCCCCCUCUAUAGCCGAGGCCUUGUGUCCCGAAACCGCCCUGAGGAGGAAGACCAAUACUGGCUGAGUAUGGGCAGAACUUUCCACAAGGUGACACUGAAGGAUAAGAUGAUCACAGUGACACGAUACCUUCCCAAGUACCCUUAUGAAUCUGCCCAGAUCCACUACACCUACAGCCUCUGCCCUUCCCACUCCGACUCAGAAUUUGUGUCCUGUUGGGUGGAAUUCUCCCACGAACGGCUGGAGGAGUACAAGUGGAAUUACUUAGAUCAGUACAUCUGUUCCGCUGGCUCUGAGGACUUCAGCUUGAUUGAGUCUCUGAAGUUCUGGAGGACUCGAUUCCUGCUGCUGCCAGCCUGUGUCACUGCCACCAAGCGCAUCACGGAGGGGGAAGCCCACUGCGACAUCUAUGGGGACAGGCCCCGGGCGGACGAGGAGGAGUGGCAGCUCCUGGAUGGCUUUAUCCGCUUUGUGGAGGGCUUGAACCGGAUCCGAAGGCGCCAUCGCUCAGAUCGCAUGAUGCGGAAAGGGACAACCAUGAAAGGCUUACAGAUGACUGGACCCAUUUCCACGCACUCCCUGGAAUCAACUGGUCCCCCAGUUGGGAAGAAGGGAACCUCAGCUCUGUCUGCCCUGUUGGAGAUGGAGGCCAGCCAGAAGUGUCUGGGAGAACAGCAGGCAGCUGUGCAUGGUGGCAAGAGCUCUGCCCAGCCAGCCGAGAGCAGCGGCGUUGCCAUGACUCCCACCUACGUGGACAGCCCACGAAAGGUGUCUGUGGACCAGACAGCCGUCCCGGUUUUGGAUGGCACCAGUUUGGGGGUAAGCACAGGCCAAUCCGUGGACAGAGGCAACAGUCAGACCUUCGGGAACUCCCAGAACUCAGGGGAACAGGGCUUCACCUCUGCAAACCCCAGUGACAGCAGCUCUCAGCAACUGGUGGCAAGCUCCUUGACAUCGUCCUCCACUCUGGCAGAGAUCCUGGAAGCCAUGAAGCACCCCUCGACAGGAGUCCAGCUGCUCUCUGAACAGAAGGGCCUCUCGCCGUGCUGCUUCAUCAGCGCGGAGGUGGUGCACUGGCUGGUGAACAACGUGGAGGGGGUCCAGACGCCCGCGAUGGCCAUCGACAUCAUGCAGAAAAUGCUGGAAGAGCAGCUCAUCACACACGCAUCUGGUGAAGUCUGGCGGACCUUCAUCUACGGCUUCUAUUUCUACAAGAUAGUCAUGGACAAAGAGCCCGACCGAGUGGCCAUGCAGCAGCCCACCACCUGGCACACGACAGCGGUAGAUGACUUCGCCAGCUUCCAGCGCAAGUGGUUUGAGGUGGCAUUUGUGGCUGAAGAGCUCUUGCACUCCGAGAUCCCGGCCUUCCUCCUGCCCUGGCUGCCCAGCCGGCCAGCCUCCUAUGCAAGCAGGCACAGCUCCUUCAGUCGCAGCUUUGGAGGGCGGAGCCAGGCAGCAGCCCUUCUAGCUGCCACUGUCCCGGAGCAGAGGACUGUGACCCUGGACGUGGAUGUGAACAACCGAACAGACCGGCUGGAGUGGUGCAGUUGUUAUUACCAUGGCAACUUCUCCUUGAAUGCAGCGUUUGAGAUCAAGCUCCACUGGAUGGCGGUGACGGCUGCAGUCCUCUUUGAGAUGGUCCAAGGUUGGCAUCGAAAAGCCACCUCUUGUGGCUUUUUGUUGGUCCCGGUUUUGGAGGGUCCCUUUGCGCUGCCCAGUUACCUGUAUGGCGAUCCGCUUCGAGCCCAGCUCUUCAUCCCACUCAACGUCAGCUGUCUGCUCAAGGAAGGCAGCGAGCACCUGUUUGAUAGCUUUGAACCGGAAACAUACUGGGAUCGAAUGCACCUGUUCCAGGAAGCGAUUGCACACAGGUUUGGGUUUGUACAAGAUAAAUAUUCUGCAUCUGCUUUUAACUUCCCGGCUGAGAACAAACCUCAGUACAUCCACGUUACAGGAACAGUGUUCCUGCAGUUGCCCUAUUCCAAACGCAAGUUCUCGGGGCAGCAGCGGCGGCGGCGGAACUCCACCAGCUCCACCAACCAGAACAUGUUCUGUGAGGAGCGGAUCGGCUACAACUGGGCCUACAACACCAUGCUGACCAAGACGUGGCGCUCCAGUGCCACGGGGGAUGAGAAGUUUGCCGAUCGGCUGCUGAAGGACUUCACGGACUUCUGCAUCAACCGUGACAACCGGCUGGUCGCGUUCUGGAUGAGUUGCCUAGAGAAGAUGCAUGCCAGCGCCCCAUGAGACCAGGCUGCACUGGAGUCAGAGCGUGGGGAGGGUUCCCGUCUUGCUAUUGAUAUUCAAUAGGAUCAGUCAGGCUCUGGGCAUCAGGUGGCAGUUUGCCACUGUCAGUGAGUGGGGGCCGCUGUGCUGCUUCUUCCCCACUAGCUUUCUUCCACUCGAGGAGAAAGAUUUUGGGAGCAGCUAGCGCCCAGAGCGGUGGGAGACUCAGAUGGCCCGUGGGAGGGCUUCAGUACUGGGGAAGGGGACAGGCAGCCCCCAUGAAUGUCCUCAGAGAGGGGGCGGCUUCUUUGAGCACCCUUUUCCUCUGCCAUCCAUGGGCUACUCAGAGCAGAAUCUGCCAUUUCCCACUAGAACUGUGCACAGGAUGUAAGAUAAUUUUGUGAAAUAAUGUACCAUAGGCUCACACCAACUGUAUAUACCUGUACAUAGCAGAA